UAAAGUCACGUAUAGUGAAAUUUAGAGUUUGUCUUGGUGCCAACAUGGGUAGGGUGGGAGUUUUAGUCUUAGUGACCAUCCUUUGUUCCAAGGGUCACUCCGUUCCUAUCGCCAGCAAGUCCCCUCUAACCAUUUUAUUUCCAGGGGACAUCCAGAGUGGCACAACUGAUAUGGAACUGGCUGAGAGCUACCUCCUACAGUUUGGGUAUCUUAUCCAAGAACAGGGCUCAAAUGCCACUUUACAAAAUGCGCUCACCAUUAUGCAACAGAAACUGGGACUGAAGGAGACUGGAGUCCUAGAUGCUGAAACACUGGAGGCCAUGAAAAGACCUCGCUGUGGGGUUCCAGAUAUUGGACAAUUCAACACAUUUGAGGGGGAUUUAAAGUGGGAUCACAAUGAUAUCACUUACCGUAUUCUGAACUACUCCCCUGACCUGGACCCUGAAGUGAUCGAUGAUGCCUUCGCCCGCGCAUUCAAAGUCUGGAGUGAUGUCACACCUCUGUCCUUCACUCGUAUAUACAGCGGGGAACCUGAUAUUAACAUUCUGUUUGGGACUGAGGACCAUGGGGAUCCUUACCCCUUUGAUAGGAAGGAUGGUCUCUUGGCUCAUGCUUACCCUCCUGGCCCUGGGGUGCAGGGUGAUGCUCACUUUGAUGAUGAUGAAUUUUGGACACUGGGUACUGGAACUGUGGUAAAGACUCGCUUUGGGAAUGCUGAAGGGGCUCUGUGUCGCUUCCCAUUCACAUUUGAUGGACAGUCGUUCUCCACCUGUACAACUGCUGGACGCUCAGAUGGGUUGCCUUGGUGCAGCACCACUCCCAAUUAUGAUCAGGAUAAAAAAUACGGCUUCUGCCCCAGCGAGAUGCUCUACACAUAUGGAGGCAACAGUAAUGGGCAGCCUUGUGUUUUACCAUUUAUCUUCGACGGAGUGUCAUAUAAUGGUUGUACCAAGGAAGGCCGCCAAGAUGGGUAUCGCUGGUGCAGCACUACUGCCAACUUUGACCAAGACAAGAAAUACGGAUUUUGCCCUAACCGAGAUACAUCUGUGAUUGGUGGAAACUCCCAAGGAGAGCCUUGUGUCUUUCCAUUCACAUUCCUGGGGAAGAUACACAAUUCCUGCACUACAGAUGGCCGGGAUGACAGAAAGUUGUGGUGUGCCACCACCUCCAACUAUGACCUAGACAGCAAGUGGGGAUUCUGCCCUGAUCAAGGGUACAGUCUUUUCCUGGUGGCAGCCCAUGAGUUUGGCCAUGCACUUGGUCUGGAUCACAGUGAUGUGCAAGAUGCUCUCAUGUACCCCAUGUACAGCUAUGUGAAAGAUUUCCAGCUUCAUCAAGAUGACGUGCGCGGGAUCCAAUUUCUAUAUGGUACAGGUUCAGGCGCUCCUCCUAACCCCAAUCCACCAAAGCCCACCAAGAAGCCAUUAGCUACCAAACGUCCCAGAACCACCACAAGACCUGUACCUCCAGUGAACCCGGCACAAGAUGCCUGUAAUGUGGAGAUGUUUGAUGCCAUUGCAGACCUACAGGGAGCUCUUCACUUCUUCAAAGAUGGGUUGUAUUGGACUCUGACUCCCAGAAGUAAGAAUUCUCCUCAGUCUCCUCUGCGCAUCUCAGAUACAUGGCCAGCCCUCCCCAGCAAAAUUGAUACUGCAUUCCAGGACCCCACCAGCAAAAGCAUUUUUUUCUUCUCAGGGAGCAAGUUCUGGCAGUACACAGGUACAAGUGCUAUAGGCCCACGCAGCAUCGAGAAGUUGGGUCUGAGUAAGGAUGUGGAGGCUAUCAUGGGAUCUUUUGCUCGUGAUAAUGGAAAGGCCCUGUUAUUCAAUGGAGAACAAUACUGGAGGCUUAAUCUAAAGACAUUGACUAUUGAUAAUGGCUACCCACGGCAGACAGCUGACAACUAUCCUGGUGUUCCGGGUGACUCCCAUGAUGUUUUUCUCUAUCAAGGAAACUAUUACUUCUGCCAGGAUCAAUACUUCUGGCGUGUGACAUCACGAAAGCAACAAGAUAUGGUUGGAUAUGUCAGCUAUGACCUCCUUCGUUGCCCACAGAAUUAAAUGGGGAGCUAGGAGAAAUGGGGCUGCCGGAUACUAUUGGGGACACUGAGAUGAUUGAUUUUGAUUGGGGAAAGGAGUAGUGCAUUUCAGAUUUUGAUUCAAGCCCUCCUUUGCAGUGAAAAAUGAGGUCAAUAUUACAGAAAGCAAUGCCAGUCAUUCUGGUAUAGUUUAGAUUAUCUAUAGGGUGGCAAAUAAAUAUAUGCAUUCCCUCUUUUGCAUUCAGACUGCCCCAUGUCUAUUGCUUUGAGGCCUCCUAGGGACACACCAUAGGUUGGGAUCUUCUCCCAUACAUUGGCAUGAAAACAAAAGGAAUGUACAGAUAUUGUGCCUAUGAAUUCAACAAAUAGGAUGUAAUUGUUUUACUAACUGAGUUUAUUUUGUAUAAAUAAGGUAUUGCCAGAUGAAUUUAUGUAUCCUGUGAUAUUAUAUAUGUCUGCUGUCUUUGCAUGGUUUGAAAGGCCUUUACCCAAUAGCAGUUUUCUUUUCCCACAAUGUUAAACCAUUAUUGUGAUGCAUCUAGAAGUGUCCAAGAGAGGGUGAAUAUUACACUUUGCAGGGAUGGCUGCCAUUCUUAGAGGGGUGGUUCACCUUUACAGGAAUUGUUCAGUAUAAAAAUAAAAACUAGGUUAAUAGAUAGACUGUGCAAAAUAAAACAUGUUUCUAAUAUAGUUAGGCAAAAAUGUUUUUAUUUUGAUACUGAACUGUUCCUUUAAGUUCAAUUUUAGUAUGUUAUAGAAUGGCCAGUUCUAAGCAUCUUUUCAAUUGAUCUUCGUUUUUUAUUUUUUCCAGCUUUCAUAUAGGGGUCAUCUAUACAAAUGCUCUUUAAAGCUACAAAUGUAUAGUUUUAAUUACUCAUCUUUGUAUUCAGGCCCCUCCUUUUCAUAUUCCAUUCUUGUAUUCAAAUCACUGCAUAAUUGCUAGGGUAAUUUGGACCCUAGCAACAAGAUUGCUAAAACUGCAGAGCUGCUGACGAAAAAGCUAAAUAACUCAAAGACCACAAAUAAUAAAAAAUGAAAACCAAUUGCAAGUUGUCUUAGAAUAUCACUCUCUGCAUCAUACUAAAAGGUAAAUCAAAGAUGAACAGCGCCUUUAAAAGAACAUCUGGGCUAAGCUACUCAAGUGAAGUAGCCUGUAGCAACCAUUGGGAAAGGAGAAAAUUAAAGCAUAGGUCUGCUGAAGUUAACUGCAGUGUGAAAUUUUCAUCAAUGCUUUUCUAGGGUGGAAUGUGUCUGUGGAAUGUGUGUCUUAUGAUUUGCGCGUCAGGUGUAUAUUCUGAAUUACAUGUAAAUGGAACAAGAUGUGACCUGUACUAAUAUCACUUUAUAAUAUAAAUAAAGCAUUUUCUGCUCAGCC